GGUGGUGGUGGUGAGAAAGAGAGGUGGGGGGUAAAUAGUGUUUAGUUUGUCAUCCCAGAUCCCAGUCCAUCACAGCAGUAUCAGUUUGUCUGUCACUAAGGUCGUUUCUGUUGUUUCUUUGCCCCGUCUACUCCCUUAUUAUCUCUUCCAUUCUCAUCCCAUCUCUCUCUCUCUUUCUCUCUCUCUCUCUCUCUCUCUCUACACACACACACACACAGACACACACACACACAAGUAAGACAUAGAAUAGAGACAGUUUUUCUCAACGAAUAUUCUCUGAGAAAAAGAAAAUAAUAAUAAGAACUAAAAUUAACCAAAUAAACAAACAGUUUAUAAACCUUCCCUACAGAGAAACACUCGUGCUCGCCUGUCCUAGAAAAGUUUGCAAGAAUAUCUCUCCCUCUCUCAUCUUAUUCUUUGAAAGAAACGAAGAAACUUUUGAUAAAACGAUAAGCAAAAAGAAAGAAAGAAAGAAAGAAAGAUACGGAGAAGGAGAGCGGGAGAUAUUGAAAGUCUCAAAAACCCCUUUUUUUAGUGAAGAAAAAAAAGGGGGGGAACAAAAGAGGGGAAAGAAACUGAAAAAUACUUCAAAAGGCAAACGCACACACAAAAGUAAUAAUAAUAAUAAUAAUAAAGAAUCAAAGACGUCCAAAUUCUUCACAUUGGCUCUCUUUAGAGCUGUGUAUAGGUUCCCUCUUUCUUUCAAUUCCAAAGACAAAUGGUUACUUUAUUACCGCCUCUACCCAUCUUUCGGCGAUGCUUGCCCCACGUUUUCUUUUUCUCGUCUUUCUUCUUCUUCUUUGCGAAUUGUUCCACUAAUGGAAGAACAACAACGAAAGGAAUCGUCAUACGGCACUUACUGUCGCAGACGGCAGCUACGGACUUGGACGGCAGAAGUUCGCACCCGACCGAAGAAGCCCCAGUUGGUCUACUAGUCAGCACCGCUGCCGCCUCUGCUACCACCAUUACUACUACCACCACCACACCCGCCGACGUUAAUGCGGGUGGUGAUAGCGCUUGGGGUGGGAUUUGGCCCAGGAACCACUUCGAAGGUGUGAAUUAUCUAAUACGGUAUGGCUACCUCCAUCCUGGUUAUGGUUGGUUCCUUGGCAAUACUGAAGCCAAGAUUGAACUUCAAGCUGCUCUCCAGAGAUACCAAAGAGUUGCAGGAAUAACAGUUACAGGUUUCUUUGAUGAAAAUACAUUUAAAAUGAUGAGGAAAAAACGAUGUGGUGUUCCAGAUAUGAAUUAUGCACCAAGUUUAGGCCUGAGAGAAGCUAUUUCUCCACGUCGCAAGCGAAGAUUUGCUUUACAAGGGUCAAAGUGGAAGCAUCGUGAAAUUACAUACAAGGUCAGUGACUAUCCCCAAAACCUGUCCCACCAUGAUGUGGAUGCUACCAUAAACGCUGCAUUCAAGGUUUGGAGCAACAUAACAUUUCUACAGUUUACGUGGAAGCCAAGGGAUAUUGUAGACAUCAACAUCCGGUUCCUGUCUGGUAACCAUGGUGACGGGAUGCCAUUCGAUGGGCCAGAUGGAAUCACAGCUCAUGCUUUCUUCCCAAACAGCAACAACGAUGACUUUGAUGGAGAUAUUCAUUUUGAUGCUGAAGAAAAUUGGGUGCUGAGUAACAAAGCUGACCAAAAAUCAGGUCAGAUCAGUCUACUGUGUCAAGCGAUCCACCAAAUUGGUCACUCAUUAGGAUUAUUCCACUCUGAGAGCAUUUCAGCACAAAUGUGGCCAUACAUCAUGGAAUGCAAUGGCACUUCAGUGCAUGCUGAUGACAUUCAAGCACUACAGUCACUCUACAGUCCCUCUGAGGGCAUCCAAACUGCAGUUUCUAGUAAUAUGUCAACCAACAAGGAUGAGAACUUUGAAGAUGACCAUUCAGGGUCACAGGGUUCAAGUUCUACAACAGUCAGCAGCUCCCACUUGACCAGCCCAUCGAUGUCAGCUGGGGACAGAUUCUGGUGGACACACAGCCAAGACACACAGACAGAACGACAAACCUAUCCAUAUUGGUACCGCUUCUCCAGACUGGGGCCAUCAACGACCUCACCCUCGGCCUUACUGACAUCAGCUCAAACUACAGUUAGGCCAAAGUACUGUGAUGGCAGAUUGGAUGCUAUCACUGUUGCAACAGAUCACCUGACCUAUGGAUUUAGAGAUGAACUGGUGUUCAGGUUCAACCAGAUCAAUGUUGAUUACACAUUUCCAAAGAAAAUUCAAGAAGUCUUCCCCAGGGGUCCUUUGUCUGUAGAUGCUGCAGUGACCUUCAGUAAAAAUCGAAAGAAAGCAGCCCUUGGUAGCACAUACCUAAUAAAAGGCAACCUAGUUUGGCGCUACAGACACACAGAGGACGGUUUCCAACUGGAACACUUCUAUCCAAAACCCUGGGCCAAAGAAUGGGAUGUAACUGGUACCAAAAUUGAAUCAGCCUUUAAAUUAGGCCGGAAAAUCUACCUGUUAAUUGACAAUCGAAUCUGGUUGUUGAAAGGCAAGAAAUCUCGUCAACGGAAGUAUGAGAAGAAGCGAAUUAAACUGUUCAACCAGCUGCCAGACUUCCAGGCUGCAGUACAAUGGAUCAACAGGAAUACCUAUUUCUUCACUGGCAAUGAGUAUUACAGAGCUGACUUGCCAGCACAGAGGAGACGAUAUGUACUGAAUGGACCGAGGGAUACAGCAUAUUGGUGGUUUGGCUGUAAUGAAAUACCACACAUACGGCAACCUUUUGAAGAUAAAGAUGAUAACGGGUGGGAUCUUGAACUGACUAAAUAAACGGAUGAGUGAAUGAAUGGGGUAGAUGACUGAAUGGGUAGAUGGGUAGAAGGGUGGGUAAGUUGAAUGGAUGGAUGAAUUGUGUUAAGUGAGUAAAUAAAUAGGUGGGUAGGUGGAUGGUGGUGUAUAGUUGGAUGUCAGUGUAGGUGCAUGGAUGGAUGAAGAGACACAUAGCAUACAAACAUACAUACAUAUUUUAGCAGAUAUAUAGACAACUAUAUUGCCAAAUGAAUAGAUACACUGACAGAUAUAUAUAUAUAUAUAUAUAUAUAUAUAU